CAUUCAUUAUAAGGACAAGAAGAACUACUGUUGUUCGCCUGCUAUGCUAACAUCCAACAGAACAUGAUGCUACUCGGCUAAAUGCUUUCGGAUCAAGUCUUCUACUACACACGUGGUUUUGUUGCGUUUAUAACAAUUGUCGGCAGAAGUAAAGCAAGUCGCCAUCUUCCGUAUUCGGUCUUCGCUGCGUUCUCAGAGAAGUUAGUUGGCUAAAGCGUUUUAAUGGAAAUGUCUACAAUCCAGAGUUUAAGACAGUUUAUCAACGAGAGGUUACAAACUGCUGCUGAAGACAUAUUAGGAUGUUUUGAAGCGACUGUCGCAAAGUACGAGGAUGAGAUCGGUCGUCAGCGCAGACUGCUGGAUGUAACUUUGAAACCUGUAGUAAAGCUGCAGAGAAUAGAGCUCCCACAGCGACAUGUCUGUAUCAAGGAAGAGUUUCCUGCUGACCUGCUGGAGAGGAACCCCAGUCCAGACCAAGAGGAGCCAGAACCUCCACAGAUUAAGGAGCAACAGGAGGAGCACUGCAUCGAGCUCCCAGAGCAACAUUUUCUUAAAGAGGAAGAGUUUCCUGCUGACCAGCAGCUCUGGAGCCUUGAGAGGAACCCCAGUCUGGACCAAGAGGAGCCAGAACCUCCACAGAUUAAAGAGGAGGAGGAGCUCUGCACCAGUCUGGAAGUAGAGCAGCUUGUACUGAAGCAGGAGGAUCAAGAUCAUCUUUUGUUGAAUCCUACUUUAAAGGAAAGUGACCACAGUGAACCAGAACCAAGUGACCACCAGCUCCUCUCCCACAGCUCAGCUCAGAGCCAAGAUCUCAAAGGAGGCCAGCAUGGAAACUCAAAAUCAGUUAGUAAUGCAGAGCAGGCAUCAGAAAAGGGACAUCAUGUCAUCACAAGAGCAAAAGAAAGCACAAGUCCCAGUAACCUUGCAUGUAGCACUACCAUGUCAAAGAUUGUGCCGAAUAUCUGCAAGAGUAAAAAGGUUUUCCAGUGUGACACUUGUGGAAAAGUCUUUAAGUGGAAGUCACGAUUAAAUGGACAUCUGAAGGUGCACACAGGUGAGAAACCAUAUCUUUGCAAAACCUGUGGAAAAGGAUUUUGUUCCAAGUCAGCACUAAAAAGACAUUUGAGAGUCCACACAGGGGAGAAACUGCAUUCUUGCGAAAUGUGUGAAAAAAGUUUCACAACUAGAAUGAGUCUGCAGGUCCAUGAGAGAACGCACACGGGCGAGAAACCUUUUUCUUGCAAAACUUGUGAGAGAAGUUUUACAACUAGAAGGAGUCUGCAGGUCCACGAGAGAACACACACGGGCGAGAAACCUUUUUCUUGCAAAACAUGUGGGAAAAGUUUUACAACUAGAAAUAUCUUGAAGAUACACGAGAGAACACACACGGGCGAGAGACCUUUUUCUUGCAAAACUUGUGGGAAAAGUUUUUCAAUUAGAAAUAGCUUGACGAUACAUGAGAUAACACACACAGGCGAGAGACCUUUUUCUUGCAAAACUUGUGGGAGAAGUUUUACGCGUGUAUAUUACCUGCAGGACCACGAGAGAACGCACACGGGCAAGAAACCUUUUUCUUGCAAAACUUGUGGGAAAAGUUUUACAACUAGAAUGAGUCUGCAGGUCCACGAGAGAACACACGGCGAUAAACCUUUUUCCUGCAAAACGUGUGGGAAAAGUUUUACAACUAGAAAUAUCUUGAAGAUACACGAGAGAACACACACGGGCGAGAGACCUUUUUCUUGCAAAACUUGUGGGAAAAGUUUUACAACUAGAAAUAUCUUGAAGAUACACGAGAGAACACACACGGGCGAGAAACCUUUUUCUUGCAAAACGUGUGGGAAAAGUUUUACAACGAGAACUAUCUUGAAGAUACACGAGAGAAAACACACGGGCGAGAGACCUUUUUCUUGCAAAACUUGUGGGAAAAGUUUUUCAAUUAGAAAUAGCUUGAAGAUACACGAGAGAACACACACAGGCGAGAGACCUUUUUCUUGCAAAACUUGUGAGAGAAGUUUUAAUAACAGAAGUAACCUGCACGUUCACGAGAGAACGCACACGGGCGAGAAACCUUUUUCUUGCAAAACUUGUGGGAGAAGUUUUACGCGUGUAAAUUACCUGCAGGACCACGAGAGGACGCACACGGGCGAGAAACCUUUUUCUUGCAAAAGUUGUGAGAGAAGUUUUACAACUAGAAUGAGUCUGCAGGUCCACGAGAGAACACACACGGGCGAGAAAGCUUUUUCUUGUAAAACUUGUGGGGAAAGUUUUACGAGUGUAAAGACCCUUCAGGUCCACAAGAUAACACACACGGGCGAGAAACCUUUUUCUUGCAAAACUUGUGGGAAAAGUUUUACGCGUAUAAAUACCCUACAUAUCCACAAGCGAAUGCACACGGGGGAGAAACCUUUUUCUUGCAAAACUUGUGGGAAAAGUUUUAGUGCGAGAAAUACCCUUAAGAGACACGAGAGAACGCACACGGACGAGAAACCUUAUUCUUGCAAAACUUGUGGGAAAAGUUUUAGUCUUAGAAGUUACCUUCAGGUCCACGAGAGAACGCACACUGGCGAGAAACCUUUUUCUUGCAAAACUUGUGGGAAAAGUUUUACGCUUUUAAAUACCCUGCAGGUCCACGAGAGAAUGCACACGGGCGAGAAACCUUUUUCUUGCAAAACUUGUGGGAUAAGUUUUAGUGCGAGAAAUACCCUUAAGAGACACGAGAGAAAGCACACGGGCGAGAGACCUUUUUCUUGCAAAACUAGUGGGAAAAGUUUUACACCUGGAUGUAGUUUGAAAGUCCACCUGAGAAGCCGUAAAGGUGAGGAGCCGUAUCCCUGUACAACUUGUGGGGAAAGAUUUGUUAGCCAAUCCCUUCUAACAAAACAUAUGAGUACCCACACAUAGCAAAACUGAUAUUUUUGUGAAAUGUUGGAAACAUGUCUGACUUGCCAGUUUAUACGAAGUCCACAGGAGAAUACAUCCAGUUGAGAAGCCACACCAUGGCCACACGAGAGGGAUACGAUUUGCUCAAGCGUUGUGAAAGAAGUUGUUACUUAGUUAUUGAUUCAUUAAUUAGUGAUACAACAGUUAGCGAAAGCGACACUGGAAAUGUUUCCAGUGGACCAAAAAAGUGAUGAACCUAGUUGUAGUUCAAUGCUUUAUGAAGUUCCAUCACCACUGAUGAGGAGCAGACUUCAAUAACUUCACAUAGCAUUGAACUACAGCCAGGUUCAUCACUUACAUCUACACAAGAGAGAUUGUCUACAUUUGCAUUAGCUGCAUCUUUGUAACUGAAUGUGGAAAAUAUCCCAUUGAGGAGACAUCACAAUAUCUUUGAUGCAGUACAUGGUCAACAGCAUUUGCUGAAGUACCCACGUUUCUGUUCUUGAUGUGACUGUCAUUGAUAUUUACAUCUGCAAAGGAAGUGAUGUUUUCACCCAUGUCUCUUUGUUUUUUCAUUUGUCAGCAAUUUAUACCAAAUGGUGCAGGAAGGGGACGGGGGUGAGAGAAAUUGAUUGGGUUAAAGUGGCAGAUCCAUGAUAUUUUAUUAUCACUGAAUGUUGAGAGAUUGUUGUCAAUGUGUCAGGAAAGACUGUGGAUCAAGAUGUAAAAAUCUGACAUAUUUGUGGUACAGAGAUUUAUAAGAACACAGUAUGUGGUGCAGAUUAUCAGAUGACUUCCCUUUUUCUUUUCUCUGUUUAUUACAAAACAAUAAAAUCUCUUGUUAAUGUGUACACAGUCCUAAAUGACUGUUACUGUAAAUGGUUAUUCUUUUGUACUUCGUGUAUUCAAUACUUCAGUGCAUUUGCAUUUUAUUAAAGUUUCUUGAAUUAU